GACAGCCUCCCCUACACCACACCCUGGGAUCGGAGCUCCGCGGGCCCCGCCUUAAUACCCCAAGCCCUCCAGGGGCCGAGCAGCGCCUGGUCCCGCCCCAAGCCCUGCCCCGGGUUCGUCUCCGCUCGCCUCCUUUAGGAGCCGCCCCGCUUCCCCUCAGUCUCCCGAGCAACACCGCGGCUCCGCCCCGCCAUGGCGCCGGAGGAAAGCGUGGACACCUCUCGCCUGCUGCAGAGUUUCGAACGCCGCUUCCUGGCGGCGCGCGCGCUGCGCUCGUUCCCCUGGCAGAGCCUAGAAGAGAAAUUAAGGCACUCGGGUUCGGAGCUGCUGCUGGAUAUUUUGCGGAAGACCGUGAAACAUCCUCUGUGCGUGAAGCAUCCACCAUCGGUGAGGUAUGCCCGGUGCUUUCUCUCGGAGCUCAUCAGAAAGCAUGAAGCUGUCCACGAGGAGCCUUUGGACGAGCUGUACGAGGCAUUGGCGGAGGUCCUGACAGCCGAGGAGCCCACUCCAUGCCACCGGACCUACCUGCUGCCUUCCGGGGACUCGGUCACACUCGCUGAGAGCACAGCCAUCGUUUCCCACGGCACCACCGGCCUGGUCACGUGGAGUGCUGCGCUCUACCUUGCCGAAUGGGCCCUAGAGAACCCAGCGGCUUUCAAUCACAGGACUGUCUUAGAGCUCGGCAGUGGAGCCGGCCUCACCGGCCUGGUCAUCUGCAAAAUGUGCCGCCCUAGAGCAUACAUCUUCAGCGACUGUCACAGCCAUGUCCUCGAGCAGCUCCGCGGGAACAUCCUUCUCAAUGGCUUCUUGUUGGAGCCAGAUGCCACCGCCCCAGCACAGCACCCAGGACACCACACCCACAACUCAGAGAGCCCCGUGGUGGCAGUGGAACAGCUGGACUGGGACGUUGUGACAGCCCCUCAGCUCACUGCCCUCCAGCCAGACAUCGUCCUCGCAGCAGAUGUGCUGUACUGCCCAGAAAUUAUCCUGUCCCUGGUCAGGGUCCUGCAGAGCCUGUCUGCUUGCCGGAAGGACGAGCUGGCUCUUGAUGCCUAUAUUGCCUUCACCAUCCGCAACCCAGAGACAUGCCAGCUCUUCACCACCGAGCUAGGCCAGGCUGGGAUCUCAUGGGAAGCGGUGCCUCAUCACAGCCAAAAACUAUUUCCCUAUGAAGAGCACUCGGAGAUGGCAAUUCUGAAACUAAAGUUGUAAGUUUACAACAAACGUUUCUGAAAAUAACCGUGAAAAUUAAAUCGCCUGGGGAAAAGUUUUUAUCUGGGAAAAGCUGAUAAAACUUUCAUUGGACUUAAAUGUUUGAAGAAUGUUAAAUUCUGAACCAGGAACCACAAACUGUGUCCUAAUAAAAAACAUGAACCGUU